AUGGCGGAGCCACUCAAUCAUUUCGAUAGAUCAAAUAAUGCCUCCCAGAUGCAGAGCCGGGGAGGUUGUCAAAGGAGGAGAGGAAAGCGGAGCGGAGCGGCUGAGGAGAAAUUAUUGGCAGCGUAUGCUAGAAUAUGCAUUGAGCCUCUAGUGUCCGUGGUUGUGCUUAUGCUUCCGUCUUGGAUCAUGCAAGGUGCCGCGGACGCGGUGAAGCUGUGA